GACCCGCUCUCCUGCUAUCUUCAAUUCCCCAAAUUAGGGAUAUCAAUUUCACCAAUACUCAUCUGCCAAAACUUAUUGUUCCUUUCAGAGAUCUAAACCAAUCAAUUUAUGGGAGGUCAUGGAGGUUUGAACAUUCUCCCACAGAAGCGAUGGAACGUAUACAACUACGAAAAUCGCGAGAAAGUAAAGCGAGACGAGGAAGCCGCAGCUAAAGAGGAACAGCUCAAGCAGGAACAAUCUCGCAAGCGCGACUCAGAAUAUCGCCUCGAGCAGCUCCGUCAAGCGCGUGGCUUAUCAUCAUCGUCGUCGAAUCACGUCACAAAAUCGUCGUCAGAACAGAAAUCGCCGGAGAAGAAACCGGAAAAAUCGAAAUUGGCGGAGGAGAAACCGGGAAAAUCGGAUUCUAAGCACAUCAAUUUAUUCGAAGGGAUUCGAAUCUUCGGUCCAGUUAAAAAAGUAGAAGAAGAUGAGGAGAAAAACGGAAGGAAUAAUAAUAAGAGGAUUAAGAAAGAGCAAGCGCCUAGGGUUAUUACUGCGGAGGAUGAGAAGUAUAGGUUAGGAUAUGGAAUUGUUGGUAAAGGAACGAAAUUGCCUUGGUAUAUGGAGAAUAAAAAGAGAGACGAGGAUGAAAAGAGUGACGAAGAUAAUGAUAAUGAUUAUUAUAAAUAUUCGAGGCCUGUGAAGAAGAGUAGUAAUGGAGGAAAAAAGACGGUGGAGGAAUUGCGACAAGAGCGGUU